AUGGAGCCGGAUCCGUACGGUUUCGGGCUCUCACCAGAGGUCAGACCUGCACAUCGUCCCGGGCCUGAUCACCCUGAGUGUCCACUACUUUUGGCUUUCAAAUACAUUUUUGGCUUCAGCCCUCGCCUCAAUGCCGAGGUCGCAGGUUCGAGCCCCGGGCAGCCCCAAGAUAUUCCUGUUUGGCUUGUGGAGCUGGUGUGUUGCCUGACUUUGUGGAUGCAGCUGAGGGAGACACAGUCACAUUCACCACUUCACUGGCUCAGAACAGACAGUGGAAGGUACCUCUGUGAAAUCAUCAACCCCAUCAGCUCUCAGACAGCUCUUUAUGCUCUGGAGGUUUUCUAUGGACCCGAAAAUGUUCAAAUCUCAGGUCCAAAAGAGAUUCAGAUGAAUAAAACACUCAUAUUAACCUGCCUGAGUGACUCUGUACCAACUGCUAAAUACACCUGGAUAAAGGAUGGGACAGUUCUCACUCUCUCAUGUGAAUAUACUAAAACCAUGACUGGAUCUUCAGACAGUGGAGAGUACAUCUGUCGAGCUUCAAAUCAAAUCACAAAUGAAACAUCUGAGGCUUCACAUACAGUUACAGUGAAUGUAACGGAUUCAGCAGUUCCUCCAGAGGACCUCUCAGCUGGAGCCAUCGCUGGGAUAACUGUUGCUUUAUUAGUGGUCGUUGUUGGAGCUGCAGUCGGAGGGUUUCAGAUGUAUAAACACCAAAACGGCAGAAAGUUCAGGAAUAACAGUCAGAAUGAGCAGCAUGUUUACGAGAAUACUUCAAAUACACACAACUCUAACAAUGAUGAAGAAACUGUGUAUGAGAAUGAUUUCAAUCCAUACAAUCGAAACUUGUAACUUUAAUUUCAUUUUUACUUAAAUUUCUGCAUCACAUAAAUGAUUGUUUAAGAGUUUUAGACUCUGUGUUUAACUCUAACAGUUGUGAAUGUGUGUACUGUUCUGGAAAUCUUCACAUCAUUGAUCUUUUACUGGGUUUAGGCUGUUCAUAAAUGGUACAUCAGAUAUCUAUUGUUAAACAAAGUACC